CCUGCCGGAUGUUGACGUAGUUUCCGGUUCACUUUCGGUUUGCUAACACCGGUGGUGCUGGGGUGAUAGCGGCGCAGAAUGUCUCAGCGGGAGUGGGGUGUCGUGGAGGAUGUGCAGAAGCACUCUGUCCACACGCUGGUCUUCAGGUCUUUGAAAAGGACACAUGACAUGUUUGUUGCUGACAAUGCUAAGCCAGUCUCUAUUGAUGAAGAAAGCCACAAGAUAAAGAUGGCAGUCAAGUUACGCACAGAAUACGGAUCUGUCCUGCAUAUGCCUACUAUUAAGGAGAGCAGAGAAAAAGGUCACGAUAUGGGUGACUCAUAUGAACAUUAUGUUACCCAUCAAGGACUUGAAUCUGAAUACAUGGUAACCGGAACAAAUCCAUACCCAUCAGGCCCAGGUGUGGCAUUGACAGCUGAUACUCAAAUCCAAAGGAUGCCAAGUGAGUCAGCGGCUCAGUCUUUGGCACUGGCACUUCCACCAUCACAAUCCAGAUUAGAUGCUCACCGCACUGCUGCCAGUAUUGGGGAUAUUUACAGGCAUGCUGGCAUACCUGAACGCUCGCAACCCCCUGGACUUUCUCUGGCUGCAAUGGAGUCAGGUGGAACAAAGAACUCUGCGUUAAUAGCAAAGAAAGCUCCAACAAUGCCCAAACCUCAGUGGCACCCACCGUGGAAAUUAUACAGAGUUAUUAGCGGUCACUUAGGCUGGGUGCGAAGCAUUGCCGUUGAGCCUGGAAACCAAUGGUUUGUAACCGGCUCAGCAGACAGGACAAUUAAGAUCUGGGAUUUGGCAAGCGGUAAAUUAAAGCUGUCCUUGACUGGCCAUAUAAGUACAGUGCGGGGAGUCAUUGUGAGUGCGAGGAGUCCAUAUCUGUUUUCCUGUGGCGAAGACAAGCAAGUGAAAUGCUGGGAUCUGGAAUAUAACAAAGUUAUCCGUCAUUACCAUGGUCAUCUCAGUGCAGUUUAUGGUUUGGAUCUGCAUCCUACUAUCGAUGUGCUUGUGACAUGUAGCAGAGACUCAACUGCUCGUAUCUGGGAUAUAAGAACAAAGGCUGGCGUGCAUACACUUGUUGGACAUACCAAUGCUGUGGCCACUGUACAGUGUCAGGCUGCAGAGCCCCAGAUCAUAACAGGAAGUCAUGAUACGACAAUAAGACUAUGGGAUAUGGUGGGAGGCAAAACUCGUGUCACGUUAACAAAUCACAAGAAAUCUGUCAGAGCUGUUGUAUUGCACCCAAGACAGUAUACAUUUGCAUCUGGAUCACCUGAUAAUAUUAAGCAGUGGAAAUUCCCAGAUGGAAAUUUCAUUCAAAACCUUUCUGGCCACAAUGCUAUAAUUAACACUUUGGCUGUGAACUCGGAUGGCGUGCUGGUAUCUGGAGCUGAUAACGGCACAAUGCACCUGUGGGACUGGCGGACAGGUUACAAUUUCCAGAGAAUUCACGCUGCUGUCCAGCCUGGUUCUCUAGACAGUGAGUCAGGCAUAUUUGCAUGUACAUUUGACCAGUCCGAAAGCAGAUUAAUCACUGCAGAAGCUGAUAAAACAAUCAAAGUCUACAGAGAGGAUGAAACUGCGACUGAAGAAUCACAUCCUAUCAGCUGGAAACCGGAAAUUAUCAAGAGGAAAAGAUUUUAAUAAACUACAGCUGUAUAUAUAUUUUUUUCAUUUUUAGUUUUACUUUUUUAGUUUUUUUUUUUUUUUGUGUGUGUUUGCCGUCUGACACGAAAUUGAUUCUAUUCCAGAUGUUAAGCAUAACUUUGGCUAAAAUCUUUGUCUUUCAUCAUUGUUCUAAAAUGCAUCCUGUUAUGGUUGUUGGCUUUGCCAUCUCUGGAAGCUUUGAUUUUUAUUUUAUAUAUAUAUAUUUUUUUUGUGUAGAAAAGAUAUUAAAUGAGAUGCUUCACAGUCUUUAAAACAAACAUUGUGGUGAAGUAUUUCCUUCUCCUAGAGGAAGUUCAAAGAAAUCUUGCAGGAGCAAGUGGUUGAUUUUACCUGUGUACAGUCUCUGUCUUUGCCAUUUCUUUAACUGAUUAUGGAAACAUGGUGAAGAGUUGAAUCAAUGUAAUAUGGAUUGGCUCGACAAAUUCAGGAACAGUUGUUACAAAUAAACCACAUUUUGUAUAAUUU